AUGGCUCACUACUUCCAACGCAAAGACAUUCUUCCCCUCACCGGCGGUUGCGCUUGUGGUCUUAUCCGCUACCGGCUGACUCUUCACCCCCUUAUAGUUCAUUGUUGUUACUGUACUAGCUGCCAGCGUCAGACAGGCUCUAUUUGCGCCCUCAAUGCUGUCAUAGAGUCCGCCGCCUUGACUCUCCUCCCCUCAGCACCCCCCACUAUCGUUGGUUCUUCGUCCUACCUGGACCCUAUCCCCGCUGCUAUUCAUCCCGCCUUCGCACGGCUUACAUCCGCCGAUUCAACUGCACGUGAGCCUCGCCCCGAAGCCGAACCCGUGUCUGUGUGUCUUCCUACAGCAUCUGGCGUGGGACAGACCCUUGUUGGGUGUCCUGUGUGCCACACCGGUCUGUGGAAUUACUACGCAGAUGCUGGGCCUCAUCUGUCGUAUGUUCGUGUUGGGACCUUGGACAGGCCCUGGGAUAUUCAGCCGGACGUUCACAUUUACACGCAGGGUCGUCAGAGUUGGGUAACUGUCAACGAUGGGAAGCCAUCGUUCGAGGGCUAUUAUACCAGGCGUGAGGACUACCUGAGGGAUGAUGCCCUCAAGAGGUAUGAGGCACUCAAGCCGCAGGUUGCUGAGAUGAAAGCAGAGCUAAUGGCCGGCUGGGAGUGA